GUACGCGGUGACGUCACGACGCACGGCUCGCACAACCGCAUUGUUGUUGGGGAAGAGAAGCUCGGGCAGCCGCUGAGCUCUGCCGCUUCCGAACAGCCCCAUUCGACCCGCAAGUGAUCCUAAUUAAAGUGAUAACACCUCGAAACCGACUCCGUCGCCCUGGAUACUCGUCGGUCCUUCUCCGGUUUGAGUCGGUUGAGCGCGAGCCGCGGCCGGACGAGGGGACUGGAUGUGGAUUUAACUGCCGCUUCGCUUCGCAGGCCGCACCGCCAUUGCUGCCGUUUUUACAAGCUGAAUUCGUGAAAAUACCCCCGGGUCUCUACGGCAUGAAGAAGAAAAGUCGACAUCACCGCCCCGCGGUGCUGAAGAGGGACUCCUCGCCCAUCAAGCCGUCGGCCAACCGGGAGACGCUGACGUACGCGCAGGCCCAGCGCAUCGUGGAGCUGGAGGUGGACGGCCGCAUGCACCGCCUCAGCAUCUACGACAAGAUGGACGUCAUCGGCGACGACGACCCCACGGCCCAGGAGAUCAUGGAGUGCAACAGCAACAAGGAGAACAACGAGAAGCCCCAGCAGGUCCUGGUGCGCUCCGUGCGCCUCAAAAACAGCCAGCAGAAGAAGAACGCCGCGCUCACGGCCGCGCACACUGGCACCGGCGGCCUGCUGGAGCCCAAGGUCAGGACUGUGGAGUACAACCUGCCGGUGGUGCCCAAGAGGCCGGUGGCGUACUACAAGUACACAGAGAGGACGUCGGAGGAGCUGGACGAGGAGGUGGAGUACGACAUGGACGAGGAGGACUACGCCUGGCUGGAGAUCGUCAACGAGAAGAGGCGGAGCGAGGGCGUCAGCCAGGUGUCCUUCAACCUGUUCGAGUUCCUCAUGGACCGCUUCGAGAAGGAGUCGCACGCCGCCACGCGGGGCCAGAGCGACUUGCGCUCGCUGGUGGACGAGGACGCCGUGUGCUGCGUGUGCAUGGACGGAGACGGCGCCGACAGCAACGUCAUCCUCUUCUGCGACUCGUGCAACAUCGCCGUGCACCAGGAGUGCUACGGCGUGCCGUACGUCCCCGAGGGCCAGUGGCUGUGCCGCCACUGCCUGCAGUGUCCGGCGCGGCCCGCCGACUGCGUCUUCUGCCCCAACCGGGGCGGCGCCCUGAAGAAGACCGACGACGACCGCUGGGGCCACGUGGCGUGCGCGCUGUGGGUGCCUGAGGUGGGCUUCUCCGACACGGUCUUCAUCGAGCCCAUCGACGGCUUGCGCAACAUCCCGCCGGCGCGCUGGAAGCUCACCUGCUACCUGUGCAAGGAGAAGGGCGCCGGGGCGUGCAUCCAGUGCGACAAGAUCAACUGCUACGCCGCCUUCCACGUCAGCUGUGCCCAGAGGGCGGGCCUGUACAUGAAGAUGGAGCCUGUCAGGGAGGUGACGCUAUCCGGCGGCGCCUCCUUCUCCGUGAAGAAGACCGCCUACUGCUGCGGCCACACGCCCGAGGGCUGCGACCGCCGGCCGCUCGGCAUCUACGAGGAGCCGCACGCCAAGAACGGAGCGUGUCUCAAGAGGGCCGACAAGAGGGGGAAGUCCCGGGCCAAAGGCUGGGCCAGGAAGAAGAGCAAGAGGGGCGAUCCGGAACCAGAGGCCGAGGCCCCCGCCAGCCCCGGGCCCAGCAUCACCAUCUCAAGUUUUGACACCAUCCUGAACCAGGUGGCGGUGCAGAGGAAGCGCGUGUUUGUGGAGCGGGUGCUGAGCUACUGGGUGCAGAAGAGGCAGUCGAGGAACAACGUGCCACUCAUCCGCCGGCUGCAGGCCCACCCCCAGCCCCCCAAGGUCAAGCAGACGGACCGCGCGGAGACCAACCAGGCGCUGAAGGAGCAACUGAAGGAGUGGCACCGCCUGCGGCACGACCUGGAGCGAGCACGCCUGCUGCUGGAGCUCAUCCGGAAGAGAGAGAAGCUGAAGAGGGAGGAGAUGAAGCUGCAGCAGUCGGCACUGGAGGUCCAGCUGACGCCCUUCAACAUCCUGCUGCGGGCCGUGCUCAGCCAGCUGCAGGAGAAGGACCAGUACAGCAUCUUCGCCCAUCCCGUCAGCGCCAAGGAGGUGCCCGACUACCUGGACCACAUCCAGGACCCCAUGGACUUCUCCACCAUGAGGAAGCGCAUCGACGGCCACGCCUACAGGAGCCUGGAGGAGUUUGAGGCCGACUUCGACCUCGUCAUCUUCAACUGCAUGAAGUACAACGCCAAGGACACCUUCUUUUACCGGGCCGCCCAGCGCAUGCAGGACCAUGGGGGCGCCAUCCUCCGCAGGGCUCGCCGGGAAGCCGAGAGAAUCGGCUUUGACUUCCCCAGCGGGCUGCACCUGCCCGAGGCCCCGAAGCCGGGGGCGGCCCCCGCCUUCUGCUGGGAGGACGUGGACCGGCUGCUGACCCCCGCGUACCGGCAGCUGACCCCCCUGGAGGAGCAGCUGAGGGAGCUGCUGGAGAAGUUGGACCUGAGCACGGCCAUGAAGCACAGCCCGUCGCGCAGCAAGAGGCUCAAACUGCUCAAGAAGACCAUCACGGAGGUCCGCAGCGAGAUGAGCCUCAGGCAGCCCCCCCGGAAGCCGCCGCCGGAGCCCAGCGGCACCCCCCCAGAGGAAGCAGCUCCCAAAUCCCCGGCGGAGCCCCGCAUGCCGCCACAGGAGCCGCCUCGGCCUCCCCAAACGUUAGAGCUGUUGACCUUGCUGUCGCGGAUUGACGCCUCGGAGCCGCCGCCCCCUCAGAAGGCGGCCAAAGCCAGCGCGGAUCGUUCUCUCUCGGAGCUGCACAACGACAUGUCUACCUCAGCGCUCGACGGGCUCGCCCCCGAGCCGCCACUCUCCAACGCUGCCGCCUGCAACCGGCGGAACCACGUCCUCUUCCGCAAGUCCAAGGGCACCAGCCCCCAGAAACCACUGAAGAGCCCAGAGGCGUCCACCCCGGCGCCGCCUUCCCUGGGCGCCAAAACCUUCCUGUCAGUGGUGAUCCCUCGGUUGGAGACGCUGCUCCUGCCGAAGAAGAGGCGACACAGCAGCAGUGGCGACGGCGAGGAGGAGGACGAGGAGUCGCCGAUAAAACGCCUCGGCACAGGAAUGGCAAACGGUUUUGUGGUGGAGGAGGAGGAGGAGGGUGUCUCUCCGUCCCCUCGCCUGCUGGAGCCUCGCCGCCGCUGUGCCUCCGAGUCAAGCAUCUCUUCCAGCGGGAGCGUCCUCUGCGGCACGAGCACCGUCAUAAUUUCUAAAGGGGGUAGAGGGAGCUUGCCGGCGGCCCGGCGGAGCACCGUGGACGACCACAGCGCCCCGGUGACCAGCGUGGAGAACGGGGAGCUCGCCAAAGCCUCCAAGACGCCGUCAGAGGUGUGGAAGCCCUUCGCCACUCCUCCGUUUGUUCUGGAGCCUCUUAAACUAGUUUGGGCUAAAUGUAGUGGAUAUCCCUCCUACCCCGCCCUGAUCACGGACCCCAGAACGCGGAGGACGGGGGGUCAGCACAAAGGGGCGGAGCUUCCCCAGCCGCCUCCGCCACCGGACGUCCUCAGAGCCGGAGAGCGGAUGCAGUUCAGGUCCGCAGAGAAACUCUUCCUCGUCCACUUCUUCGACAGCAAGCGCAGCUGGCAAUGGCUUCCUAGAUCCAAGAUGGCUCCCUGCGGGAUCAACCGGGCGCUCGACAAAACCAAGCUGGAGGAGGCUCGCUCCUCCUGCCUCCGAAAAACUGUGCGGCUCGCCUUCGAGCGGGCCAUGAAGCACCGGGACCGCGUGGGCGGAGAGGCCGGCACCUCGGACUGAAAACUCACAGGCACACCCCCACGCCCCCUCUGAAGUCCUCCAUCAUCACUCUCACCCUCCUUUCUCUCCUCUCUCAGCCUUCUUUUUCACAUUCACAAGCUGAGACACUCCGUCUCAUACGCACAGAAAUGCACAUGUUUACCAUGUCCUGCAAACUGGAACCCCCACCACCCCCCAAAUUCUGUAGCUGAUGACGUCCAUCUUGUUUUUGUCAAAGAGCUAUGCAACGACAACAACUCAGUUAGCUGGUGUGAAACGUUGAGACAUAAGUGGGGAAAAACGUACCUGGGCUGUGAGGACUGAAAAAUGACAGGUUUAAACCUGUUGAAUGUGUCGGAUUUGACCUCUGACCUCCUUCAAAAUGUGCUGCAAGACUGCUGCAACAAUCUCACUGCCAUGAAAGUGUCCAUCAGUGUGCGUGUGUGUGUGUGUGAGUGUGUGUGUGUGCGACUGCAGCAGCUCCUGUAAAUACUCCUGUACAAGGCCUGACACUAAUUUAUUCACUCCCUCAGUUUGUCCCGGUACUCGGUCUUCAGAUAUUUAUACGAUGAUCAGCUGGUGCUAUCUCUACACAGAGAAAACAAAUCAUACAUACUGUAUUGACCUUUUUAUUUUAAAGUUCAGCUCUUUAAAAAAAAAAAACUGGUUUUGUAACUUAUUGAGUUCUCAAGCUUUGGAAUCUUUCUUCUCUGGCAUUAAUUGUUUGUGUGUCAUUUUUUUUUUUUUUUUACCGGAAUGUUUUUACUGGGCUAUUUGUUUUUUUCCUUUUUUGUACAUAUUUAUAUAAAAUCUAUAUAGAUGCUUUCUAAGUAUAAUAUGCCUAAAGUGCAUCAUUCACACCGAAACCAAAAACCAAAUCGGCUGCCCACUCGUGUGUCGUCCUUCUCCUUCACAGUUGAGUUGUUUCAGUGAUGAGUUCACAGAAUCUUCAGUCGUCUGAGAACGUGCCUGUACUAAUUUAUUGUAAAGCAGAAAAUGUAUAUGCAUUACUUUAUAGAGAGUAUUGUAAUGAGAUACCACGGGCACCCACGCGUAGAGUAACCCCACCCCCCCCCACCCCUCCCUCUUGUCUGUUUUUUACUUUGAGUAUUUUAGCAUUAAAUCUGAGGUGAGGUGAUAGUGUUUGUUUUAUUUUGGCAGGGUAGCAAUGGGUAGACUUCCUGUUUUGUUUGGCCCCUUUUGGAUGUGAAUGUUGUGUGUAAAUAGUUUUGGUACUUUAGCUGAUUCUCUGGGAUAAACCACAGUUAUAGCCGACGGGAGCGCAAACCAGCCGACAGCAGGCUGAUGGGAUUUUAUACUAAAACACUGAAAAAUUAAAAUAUGUUAUUGAAUCACUGA